CAACGUGUUACUGAUGAAGUUAAUUAUUAUCCGGCGGAGCAAACAAGGUGUAGAGCGUCGCAUUGUUUUUGAAAGUGUAGAACGACACUUGUUGCCAGGGAAUGCCGUAUUGACAGAUCGAACGGCCUUUUGAAUUUAGGAGUCACUAAUGACGUUUAACGUGAUGAAAUACUUCCUUCUAACAAGACUUUCUACUGAACAAUCAAGGCACAACGGCCAUUUUGUAUAGCCAGACGCUUGUGUACUGACGUCAGUUGACCAUAAUGCCUUUUGGAGUAAAUGAAGAAUUCUUUAGUGUAGUAUUUCAACUUACUACAUCAACUUCAGAAUAGGUUAACUGAAUAUAUGUUUAUUUGUACAUUAACGCAAGAGAACAUCUUUUGAAAAUUGUCUAGCAUUGUUCUUGUACAUUAAUUAAAGUACACAAUAUCAGCAUGUCCUCAUGGAAGAAAGCAUCAAAGGCUACCCAAAAGACACACAGGGAACGUCAUCAGCCUGAAUCUCGAAAGCAUCUUGGUAUUCUAGAAAAGAGAAAGGACUACAUAGCCAGGGCUAAGGAUUAUCAUGAGAAACAGGCCACCCUUACUUUACUGAGGAGGCGUGCUCUUAACAGGAAUCCCGAUGAAUUUCAUUUUCACAUGAUCAACUCAAAAGUAGAGAAAGGUGUUCAUCGUGAGAAGGAGAAGUCUCAAGAGCACACAUCCGAUCAGAUCAAAUUAAUGAAAACGCAGGAUUUAAAAUAUGUAUCAUACAAACGCAAUUGUGAAGCUAGAAAGAUAGAGAAGCUGCAAAGCCAAUUGCACAUGAUUGAUGCAGCCAAUGAGAUAAAAAAUAAUCAUGUUUUCUUCAUUGAAGAUUUGGAUGAAGUAAAAACCUUUAAUGUUGCUGAGAAACUCAAUACUCAUCCAGCUUUACUAGGACGACGAACAAAUAGGUUGAAGGUAGAUAGUCUUAAGAAAUUGAAAAUGCCAACUAUCAAUGAUUCUACUUUAGUAAAGAUCGAACAGCAGAAACAUAUGGCUUACAAAGAGCUUCAAAAACGUGUAAAUCGAGAACGUGAACUCACAAUUGUGCAUCAGAAGCUUGAACUUCAGCAAGCACUACAGGAUAAGAAAGUAGUGAAACCAAAGGUAAUAAAACAAGCCACUAAGGAUUCUGCACCCAUUUACAAAUGGAAAUAUCAACGGAAACGCUAAAAUGUAUAUAAUAUAUUCACAAUAUAUGAUUGAAUUUUUUAAUGAAA